UACAGGGCGCCUGGAGACGUCAAAGUCACUUGACGUGGAGUGUUGAAAAAUGAAAAUUUCCAGGAAAUCCUGGUCAAUUUUCAUCAAAUCCUAUCCACAAGUCCCCUAAACAGAGUGACAAUGAAUCAAGACAGCCCAGAGCAGGGCGCCUCGGGUGAAAAGAAGGCGAGUCCUUUCGAGGGCAUGUCUCGAGAGGAUCUGGUCAGGAAAUGCAAAUUCCUCUUGAGCCUCAUCCAGAAGACUAAGCAAUCCAAGGAGGAAUUGGCGGAGGAAAACAAGAACCUGAAGGAAGACAUCAAUAACUAUGAAUCACAGAAGAGUGCUGAUAAGAAGUGCUUGAAAGCCAUGCAGGAAGUUGUGGAGUCGCUGACCGAGAACAAACUGAGUGCCGCAAUCAAAAUUAGCGAGCUUGAAGGUGCGAUGAAGACUCUGGAAGGGAAAAUGAAGGAGUUUUCGGGGGAAAAUGAGGGCUUGUCGAUUGAGAAUGAGGCUCUGAAGCGGCAAAUCAACAGAUUGACGGAUGAGAAUGACUCUCUGGCGGCGGAUGUGACCAGCAUGGAUGUGAAGCUGAAGGAAGUGAGCAAAAUUGGCGUGGAGCAGCAGAAUCUCCUGCACCAAUUGCGAGAAGCUACGAGCGACAGGGAGAAAGACAGUGAAAUGCUGGAGGAAACUCGUGCUAAACUUUCCCAGGUUUCAGAGGAAAAUUCCAAAUUGCUGGAGGAUUUGAAAACCCUUGAGAAGGAGAAGGAAAAAUCCACUGCCAAGAUGAAGCUUUACAGAGGGAAAAUCGUCGAGAUGUCGUCGAAGGUGAAGCAACUGAAGCAAUCCUACAAAAUUGUUGUGGAGAUUGUCAAGGAUUAUUCCGUGACGAUUCCCGGAUGGCAAAGUGAGAUGCAGAAAGUGGCCGGCAAAAUGCAGCACUUCAUUCAGGAGAGAGACAAAGAGAUGGAAAAAUUCAGUGCGAGGAUAAAAGAACUCGAGGAAAGCCAGAAUCAGGACGAUCAAUCAAAAUUAGUGGAAGAAUGCAGAGAAAAAAUUCAGGAACUUGAAUUAAAACUCAGGGAAUUGGAAGAGAGUCUGAAAGACUCUGAAUUCCAGCGGCAAAACAUCACAGAAAAACUCAAUGCCAAGGACGAGGAAUGCGAGAAGCUGGCGGAAUCCCUGGAAAGCCAAUCAAACAGUAUAAUUGAGAAUCAAAUGCGCGAAAUGCAGAGAUUCCAGGAUGAAGUCACUAAGUUAUCUGAACACUCGAGAGCUCUGGAGUGCCAAUUAAGCGAAAAAGAGGAGCAAAACACUCAAUUCAAUGCCCUGAGAGAAAAUCACGAGAAACAAGUGGAUGUUCUUCAGCAGAAAAUCAAUGAAUUGGAAGAUAAGCUAAGCCAGGAGAAUCAAAAUCAGCAGGAGAUUGAGGACUUGAGUAAAUCCUUUGAGGAGAAACUGCGAUCAAUCCUGGAGAAGCAUCAGACAGAAAUUGAGUCGCUUCAGACAGAGAUUGAGCGUCUGGAAGGCAAGACGUCGAAUCUUGAGAUUCGAGUGCAAGAAAAAGAUCAGGAACUGAAAGUGCACAGACUUGAGAAUGCGGAUCUGCUCAAGGAAAUGAAGGAGAUCAACGAGGUGCUCAAAGAGCGCGGUGAAGCCAUUUCCAAUCUGCAAGUGUCGAAUGAGAAGCUUUGCCUUCAGCUGAGUGAAACUGAGCAGAGGAUUGAAGAGGCGCAGAAACGACCCAUUUCCUCGCCUGAUCCUCAUUUGGAAGACAGCACGGAAUCUGGGGAGAACUUUGAGGAGAAAUACACGAAACUUCGAGUGCUGGCGCAGAAGCUGAAGAAGAAAGUGAGUGAUCAGAAUGCCCAGAUCACAACAUUGGAGACGGAAGUGAAGAACCUGAGGAAGGAGAAUGAUAAGUUGAAGGAAACUGUUGAGAAGCUGGAUUCGAGUGCGACAGAAGCGGCGGAUCUGAAGUCGCUGAAGAAGGAAAAGGAAGCAUUCCUGAUCACGCAGCGACAACUGCAAAAGGAGAUUGACGAGAUGCGCAAGAGUCUGGCCGAGACGAAGAACCAGCAUAAGGAAGCCGUUCAGCGGGAGCAGAAUAUGAAGAGUGAGCUGGAAAAGUCCAAGGCUGUGGCCAAGAAGUCCAACGUCUUGUCGCUGGAGAUUGACGCCUAUGAGAAGUCGCUGAAUGAAGUGUCACAGAAGCUGGACGCGAAGAAGCAUCAAGUGCAGGACUUGGAGGCGAGUCUGGAGAGCCAGCGUGAGUCGAUUAAGGUGCUUAACGACCAGAUUCGCGUCCUGGAAGAGAGCCUAAAGUCUGAGCAAGUGCACUCGACGGAACUGAAGAAGCAGGUGGAUUCGCAGCAGAAGAAACUGCGGGAAAGUGAUCACGACAAGACGGAAUUGCGCGUGAAGCUCGACCAGGCAGCGAAGGAGAUGGAGAAUCGCCGCCAGGAUCUCGAGGAGGUCCAGGGCCAGUUGUCGGAGAAGGGCAAGGAGAACGAGAAAGUGGGAUCACUUCUGCAGGCUGAGCGAGACAAAUUCGUACGACAAGUGUUCAAUCUUGAGGAAGAAGUUACGAAACUGCGCAACGAGAUGGCAGACAAGGCAAAGGAACUCGAGGAAACGCUGGCGGAGUUCUCCAGCUACAAAGUGCGCGCCCAGGCCGUGCUCAUGAAGCGUCAUGAGACAAAGGACACGAGCCGCGAACGAGAAUUGGAGGAGGAAGUUUCCGCGCUUCAGAGCACCGUUGAGAGCCUGAAUCAGCGCCACGGGGCACUGAAGCAGCAGCACGACGAGUUGGACAGGAUGGUGAAGGUCUUCCAGGACGACAAGAUGCGCUCGCAAACGCGCCUUAAGGAGUUGACAACGCAACUCGAGGACACGCGCUUGACCAACGAGACUCUAAUCGAGGCGAACAAGAAACAGCUUCAGGAUCAUCAGGAGGCGUUGAAAGUGCAGCGACAGCACAUUGACACUCUGAACGCGUGUUUCAAGAUUCAGAUGGAUGAUCUGCAAGAGAAGCACUCGAAGGAAUUAGCCAAUGUUCGUGCUCAGUCAGAAACAGUGGCGGAGGCGGCUAACAUUCCCGAUGUUCGCAAGGAGGAACGCGCGAGAUUCCCCUUCGAUCUCGCCACGACGGACGAGCAGAAGAUGGACAUGAUGCUGAUGGAGCGCGAAGAUGGCGAGGGUUCGGAAAACACCUCACAGUCGUCGAAUGUGGCGACGAGGAAGAUCAGCCGAGGACGAAGGGACUUGAUUCCGCUCGAUGAGCUCCUCAAUUCGCCCUUUGACGAUCACGAGGGCGCCGCUGGAGGAUCCGCUUCACCCAGUGCGGAACUCCAAGCCACCCAAGAGAAGCUGCUGGCCAGCGAGAACCACAUCAAGCACCUCACGGCGCUGCUGGCCGAGGCGGAGCAGGACUUGGCCAAGCUCUCGCAGCUUAACGAGAUGCUGAAGGAGGAAGUGCGUCGCCAGCAGAGAUCUCUGGAGCGAGAGGAGCAUAUGCACAACUCCGAGUAUCUGAAGAACGUCGUGUUCAAGUUCUUAACGCUCAGCAGUGGCGAUGAAAAAGCCCAUCUCGUGCCUGUGCUCAACACAAUCCUCAAGCUGAGUCCGGAGGAGACGCAGAAGCUGCAAUCCGUGGCGCGAGGCGGCGAAGGACUCGGCUGGGGAAGUUUCCUGCCCAUCUGGUCCAACCACCAAUGGAGCGUCUUUAGCGCCUUCCCGCGACUCGCGCUUUCGUUCGCCGUGAGAUGGAGAGAUGAGCUGACGAGAAUCUAUUUAUCGAUCGGGCGGCAGUCGAGUGUUUCCGGGUGCGCCACGGCGCAGGAGCAUCGCGGCGGCAAGACGGCCAGUGGAAGAUUUGUUCUUUCGUUCGUGCGUGCUCGUGGUGAGAGGAAGCUCCUGUGCAGUGACUCUGUCCACACACCAAGAGGUACUCAACUCCUGUCCGAGCGCUUUUCCGCCGAAUUUGGGGGCACUUUUCCGCUGCAGACGUCUCUGGAGGAUCGCGGCAGCGAGCAAGUCCUGAAGAUGGGCAAGGAAAAGAUCCAUAUCAACAUCGUGGUGAUCGGGCACGUGGACUCUGGCAAGUCCACGACCACGGGUCACCUGAUCUACAAGUGUGGCGGCAUCGACAAGCGCACGAUCGAGAAGUUCGAGAAGGAGGCGCAGGAGAUGGGCAAGGGCAGCUUCAAGUACGCCUGGGUGCUGGACAAGCUCAAGGCGGAGCGCGAGCGCGGCAUCACCAUCGACAUCGCGCUGUGGAAGUUCGAGACGGCCAAGUACUACAUCACCAUCAUCGACGCGCCCGGGCACAGGGACUUCAUCAAGAACAUGAUCACGGGCACGUCGCAGGCUGACUGCGCCGUGCUGAUCGUGGCCGCCGGCACGGGUGAGUUCGAGGCGGGCAUCUCGAAGAACGGCCAGACGCGCGAGCACGCGCUGCUGGCCUUCACGCUGGGCGUCAAGCAGCUCAUCGUGGGCGUGAACAAGAUGGACUCCACGGAGCCGCCGUACCACGAGGCGCGCUUCGAGGAGAUCAAGAAGGAAGUGUCGUCGUACAUCAAGAAGAUCGGCUACAAUCCCGCCGCCGUGGCCUUCGUGCCCAUCAGCGGCUGGCACGGCGAUAAUAUGCUGGAGGUGAGCGAGAAGAUGCCCUGGUUCAAAGGCUGGUCCAUCGACCGCAAGGAGGGCAAAGUGGAGGGCAAGACGCUCAUCGAUGCGCUCGACGCCAUCCUGCCGCCGUCGCGGCCCACAGACAAGCCUCUGCGCCUGCCGCUGCAGGACGUCUACAAGAUCGGCGGCAUCGGAACCGUUCCCGUGGGCCGAGUGGAGACUGGAAUCCUGAAGCCAGGAAUGGUCGUGGUUUUCGCGCCUGUGAAUCUCACGACUGAGGUGAAGUCCGUGGAGAUGCACCACGAGGCUCUAGCCGAGGCCAUGCCGGGCGACAACGUGGGCUUCAACGUGAAGAACGUCUCCGUGAAGGAACUGCGCCGUGGCUACGUGGCCGGCGACUCCAAGAAUCAGCCUCCAAAGGCGGCAGCUGACUUCACUGCUCAGGUGAUCGUCCUGAAUCACCCUGGCCAGAUCGCUGACGGAUACACGCCCGUGCUGGACUGCCACACGGCGCACAUCGCGUGCAAGUUCGCCGAGAUCAAGGAGAAGUGCGACAGGCGUUCCGGCAAGACCACCGAGGUGAAUCCCAAGGCGAUCAAAUCCGGCGACGCGGCCAUCGUGAACCUCGUGCCAACGAAGCCUUUGUGCGUGGAGAGCUUCUCCGAGUUCCCACCGCUGGGGCGCUUCGCGGUGCGCGAUAUGCGCCAAACAGUGGCCGUGGGCGUGAUCAAGUCGGUGAACUUCAAGGAGUCCACCACUGGCAAGGUCACGAAGGCCGCCGAGAAGGCGCAGAAGAAGAAAUAACUAGAGGGCCCCUCAAGCGAGCCACUUGAAUACUCAAGCAACAAACAAUUAGACACUUUUGCUGCUCUCGUCUCUCAAGCCAUCAUCUACAUCUUGACCGUUGCCACGCUCGCGAGCGUCCACGAUCACCGCCCAGUCGGCGAGUCCACAAUCCUCACGCUCUUACAUUCCUCCUAUCGUGUCCACCGUAAGGCGUUCCGCAGGAAAAGCCCUUUCCGCGCCGCGCCUCAUCUCAUUCCGCGCGCCCUCUUCUCGCCCGCAGCCCCUAGAAUACUCUCAUCCGGUUGUGACACACCGCCCGCAUGCUAACCCCGCUGAGACUGAGUCGCUGUGCACGGAACUCCCGCCGGAAGCUCCCUGUCAGAAGAUGCAUUUACCGCCCGGAAAACCCCAGUCUUUCGUGCACAGAAGCCCGAUCACGCCUCCAAAACCCACUCACUCACUGUCUCACUCUCUCCCUCUUCCAAAUCUCAAAGACAGAACAUGAAAGACAUCCCGAAGGACAAUUUGUGAUGCUUGUGAAGUGAGCAAAGGUCGAGAGUUCUAUUUAAGCAUGAAAAAAAAUCUAUUAUAAAGUAUGAAAUUAUUGUAGAAUUGAUUUUGAUGACAAAAUUGGAAAAGAAUUUUAUUAGAAACUAA